AUGCUUCGGGGGUUGUUUGUGGCGUCUCUUGCAGCCAGCGUGGUGCAUGCGCAGUCCUAUUCGGGAUGUCACACCCAUGGCAGCGUGGAAUACUGCUAUGGAGCCGAUGGUGAAGAGACCCCUAUCACUACACAUGCACAGGCGACGGCUACGUCCGUGUCUGCUACUACGACUUCAUCGGCACAGUCAUCCGCAGUGACGGGCUGUCAUAACCAUGGUAGCGACGUUUACUGCAUUAAUGGCGAAGGAAACGAAGUGCAGGUAUCAUUGACCGGGACCCCAACUGGGGAGUUGCCAGCACAGUAUACCGGUUGCCACUCCCGUGGUAGCUCACAGUACUGCAUGGACGCAGACGGAAACGAUGUGCAGAUUCUGGAAGAGGGAGAAACCGGAGACGCACAAGACGAUAGUAGCGAGUCCACCAGUUCCUCCAGCGGCGAACAAAACUGUCAUUUCCAUGCCGGUGUUGAACACUGCGUCGGCGCAGGCGAGUCGGAAGGCUCGAGCGAGGCCUCCUGCGGUGUCCGGAGUCGUGACUAUGAUAUGCCACUGCGCAUUGGAACAUUAUUCGUGAUCCUUGUUACCAGUGCCCUUGGUGUCUUCCUUCCGAUGUUACUGCUCAAACUUCCCUUUCCCACGAUCAAUACCAUGGCAUCGACUGUUAUCAAGCAAUUUGGUACUGGGGUGAUCCUGUCCACCGCAUUCGUUCAUCUAUACACCCACGCCAACCUUAUGUUCACGAACGAGUGUCUCGGCGAGCUCGAGUACGAAGCCACCACAUCUGCCGUCGUGAUGGCUGGUAUCUUCCUUUCCUUCCUGACCGAAUACAUCGGCCAUCGUUUCAUCGCCGCCCGUGCAAGUAAAUCGGCUCCGGAAUGCUGCGAGGACACCCCACCGACCAAUGUGUCCACAACUCCAAAAGAAAACACAGCACAACGGACGAUGCAGCUCGCCCAGCUAAGCCACAGCCACGGCACUGACGGUACCAGUCCUAACACGAAGCUGUCGGUCAUGGUCAUGGAAGCAGGUGUGAUCUUCCACAGUAUCCUGAUCGGUCUGACGCUGGUUGUCGCGGGCGACUCCUUUUAUAAAACCUUGUUGGUGGUUAUUGUGUUUCACCAAUUCUUCGAAGGUCUGGCUCUCGGGGCACGCAUCGCGUUGCUUCCGGGUCGCAUCUUCCCUAGUAAAGCCGUGAUGGCGGGUACUUUUGCGCUGAUUACUCCGAUCGGAAUGGCGAUCGGAAUGGGAGUGCUGCACUCAUUCAAUGGUAACGAGAGGAGCACCCUGAUCGCACUGGGAACACUGGACGCUUUGUCGGCUGGUAUUCUGGUGUGGGUGGGUGUUGUGGAUAUGUGGGCGAGAGACUGGGUGAUGGAAGGAGGCGAGUUGCUGGAUGCGCCCUUGGUUAGAGUGUUGGUGGGAGGAGUGGCUUUGAUAGCCGGUAUGGUCCUGAUGGGCGUGUUGGGCAAGUGGGCCUAA